AGAUUUUAGUCUUAUGACUUUAGCUUUAUAGAGGACUGAGGAGUGAGGACUAUGGUUUCAUUAGGGGCAAGAUGCCAUAAUGUUUUUCAACAUAUAUCAAAGGUGUACAACGUCAACAGAAGUACAUGUUUACUCAGCUUGCUGCCUCGCUGUGAGUUCAGCACUUAUUGUAUAGUGAGUUCAGAAAGAUGCCUUCCACCAAACAAACCUUAUUCAGUCAGAUAUUCGCACUCCUUUGCAAGCACAGAAGUUUCUCAACACAUAUCAAUACACGAUGAGUUGGAUGGGAAGAGUCCCUUGCUCGCCUGUGAGCUCCAGUACUGCGUGAGAGUUGGUAGCGGAGUGAAAGGGGACCCCCCUGUGGUACUGUUAGAUGGCAGCGAGCCAAGUUUCUUUACAGCCCACCUCCAAGUAGUUAGCAACGAAGGACCGGAGGUAGAUACUAUCGAGGUAUGUGAGUACAGUGAGACCACAUUGCAGAAAUACCGGCCACAGUCUGAUAAAGGCACCGUGUACAAGGCGGGAAGUGUACUAAACUACUCAUUCCGCGUUAUGGAGGAGAGCGCUAAUAUGAUGUGCUGUCUGUCCCUGUGUUACAGUGACGGAACGUUCCUGGGAAGAGGUUACCUAGCUCUGGAUCAGAUCACACUACUGGAUCACAUAGCACUUCCUCUGAUUAACGAGACCGACACCAUCAUAGGACUCCUCGCUUGCAGUAUACUAGAGAUAAAAGGGUUGAAGCAGCCUCCCCCCUCCUUGAGCCCUGCUACUACUGACUACUCUACUACUCUAGAGAUAGGACACAGGGGCUGUGGUGUGACACACACCGACAAGGAGCUCUUCUCAGAGUUACCUUGUCUGCCGGAAAAUACAAUAGCAUCCAUGGAAACAGCCUACAGACACGGUGCACACAUGGUGGAGACAGAUGUAGUGGUCACUCAAGACCUUAGAGCAGUACUGUAUCACGAUCUGGAGAUUGAGUUGCCAGGGAAACGGAAGGUGCCCAUCUGCCACAUGACUAGUCACGCACUGGAGUGGGCUCCUACCGAGGGACUCAUUGUGGACGAGAAACAGAGGAGUCAGCAGCUUCUACUUCGUCAGAAUGAAGAGUUGGCUGAACUCCAACAAAAGAGUAAACCGUACCCCUACCUAUCUGAUGCGCUCAGAACGCUGCCCUCUGAGUUAGGAUUAAUGCUGGAAGUAAAGGCAGAUCUGCCUUACGAGGGAGCAGAAAACGUGACGUAUCACGCUGAUAAGAACGUGUACCUAGACGUUAUACUACACGACCUGUUCCACAAUGUAGCAAAUAGAAACCUCAUUCUCUGCAGCUUCUGUCCCGAUACUUGCGUCAUGCUGCGUAACAAACAGAAUCGUUGGCCGGUCGUCCUUAUCGUUCAGGGGAGCACAGAAACUUACGCAGAUUGUCUGGAUAACAGAGUGUCCUGUCUCAAAGCAUCCGUUACCAUGGCAACUGCUGAAAACUUACAUGGAAUAUCGAUAUUCAGCGGAUUACUAAAAGACAAUCCUGCUAGUGUUAUUGAGUCUGUGAAACAAACUGGUCUCUUUACGUUCGUGUGGGGCUACCACUGUUGCGAUCAACAGUUUAGAGAUGAAAUGAGAAGCAGCGAAAUUGGCGGUAUUAUUUACGACAGAAUCUACGAAGAAAACCUUCCUAAAAAGAAUAUUUUUUAGAACACUAUGUCACAUGUGCAAUUAGUAAAUUCAAUAUUUACUUUAUAAACAGUCAAUAAAUUUUAUUAUCAGUAUGCUGCAUUGCUGAAAAGUGUGUAUUUUAAGAAAGACCUCUAAUCUGGUAGCAGAGUGUAACUUUACUCGUGUAGUCAAGAGAUAAUAGACCAUGUCAACACUCACAGUUUUAGCGCCGCAUUAACACUCACAGUUUUGCAAUAUUAAGUUAUAUAUAUAUUAGUUGUACUGUAUUUUUUAACUUGGUUAAAAUUAUUUUAAAAUCUUUUUAACUUCUUUAUCUUAGAUUAGCUAAUUUAACACAGUUUUAGUGCUAGUAAUAGUUUGAUGAAAACAAUUGUUGCAUGUUGGUUACCAAAUUAUUAUAUUUAUUAUGUUCAAAUUACUAGGUAUGUUUUAAGAUAGGGGUCAUUCACAUAUUAUUACGUAAUAUUACCCCCCCCCCCCCCCCCCCCCCCCUCCGUAAUCAGUUUUACACGUAGCUAUUGUGUCCAAAUUACACUAGCGUUAUCAUUUGGAAACCCCCCUCCCCCUCGGCUGAUUACGUAAUAUGUGGACGUCCCCAUAUUACUGCUAGGAGAUAUUAAAACAAUCUGCCGAAUAUUCUGUAUCUUCUUCCUUAUAAUGUUAUAAAUAAGCUCACGCUAGAAAGGGAGCGUUUCUUUCAUUACAGUUGUAAUGAUAUGUAGUUGUGUAUUAUAUACAGUAGUAAUGAUAUGUAGUUAUGUAUUAUAUACGCUAUACAGUAGUAAUGAUAUGUAGUUAUGUAAAUUAUAUACAGUAGUAAUGAUAUGUAGUUGUGUAUUAAGCAGUUACAUCACUGCUUAUAAUGUGAUAACAUUAUUUUCACAACUUUGAGUUGUGAAAAUAGUUUUAUCCAACGAGUUUGACGAGUUGGAUAAAACGAGUUAUAUCCCGAGGUUUGACCGAGGGAUAUAACUCAUGUUAUCAUAUUAUAAGCAGUGAUGUAAAUGCAUUCUCUGAUGAUCUACGAAAUGAUGUUAGCGAAUGCAGCAUUUACAUCGGAAAUUAACGACCGAUAAUAUUACUACAUAGAACAUUCCAGAGUCAAACUUUCUAGAGGACACAUCCUUAUCUCUUAAAAUUGUUACAGGUCGCUGAGAUGUUGCUAAUUAUUUUAAAUUGGUCAAAUAAGCUCAGUGAAGCUCACACUCACACAAAACUUGCCACAAAUGGUUGACUACUUGUUAUUGACAUUCUGUAAAAUUUUGAAGCAAAAAUAUUUAUCAGAACAUAAGUUAUACCACUUUCUGUUUUUAAAAUAAUUAGCAACAUCUCAGCGACUAAGGAUGGGCCAGGGAGAUAACAAUAGUUAUCUCCCUCCUAUUUACCUGUUAAUCACAGCCUAAAUGUAGUACCAGGGAGAUAACAAUAGUUAUCUCCCUCCCAGUUAUUGCACCCCUAUUUAAUGCAUUAUAUUAGCGUAAACAAGAGUGAGAUAACAACUUUUACAUUAUGGACAGUUACACACUGAUCAUGAGAGAAUAUAUUAUACAGCGUUGUGUAUAGGAUGUUCGAGGAUGUAAUUUAUGAAAAAAAGAUAUUGAUAGGUUUAAUCCCCAGCUAACUUUAUUAAAUUUAGCAGUUAUCUAAUUAAUAUAAGAUAACUUAUAAAGAAAUCUGAUUCAAGAAUUUUAAAAAUCUUUUAUUUUAUACUGAGAAAUUUUACCGUUUUCUAGAAAUAUCUACAUACAGUAUGUAUCUACAGCUCUAUGUGUUCUGUGUAAAAUUAUCUUUAUCCCGGUUGUUGCGACAAGUAAAAAUGCUCUUAUUAGGGAAAGGAGAUUACUCGACGUUUCAAUGUAACUACAUCGUAUUCAUGAUCUCAAUAAAUGUAUUUAAUAGUAGUUGUGAAAAUAGUUUUAAAACUAUUUUAAAAAUGGUAAUUACUUCUCAUAUAGGAACGGGUUCUUGUAUUGUUACGAGAAAUGCGUUUAUUUGGUUAAAACUAGGAUCAUUAUUAAAAGUGUGAAGCUAAUCUUAUAUGGUUACAUUUCCGAACACUAUCUAAUCUUACUCUAGCUAUAGGGGUUGUAAGAUUGACAAUAUCUAAGAUGAUCGGGUAAAUAAUGUUUCUUCGCGCAUUUCCUUUAACUAGAAAUUAAUUAUUUUGUUUAGCACAAGAUGAUUUAUUUUAUUUUGUAGCUAUGUUGUUUUGCUAUAUUAUCUUUUAAGUUAUGGUGAAUUAUUCUGAUGUACUUUAAAUUUCUGCUGGCGAUAUUAUAAAUAUGGGUUUGAUUUAAAUAUUGUAAAAUUACAAUAAACGUCUGUAUUUCUUGUAUGAUUUCCCACCG